UGCAAUACAAAUUCAGACACGAUCUCUGUUGUAGUAAUAACUUAUGUAUACUAUAUUGUGUUCUAAACAAUAAUGGCGGAGGUUAAAUCUGACGAACGACAUUGUAACUCUUCUCCAACACUAGAGGAAGCAGGUGUAGACGAACGAGCGAAUGGAAAAGUUGAUGAAACUGUGGUUAACAAUCCUUCUACUUUCGAUUUCGCGAAAAGAUCAUGGAAGACCGAUUUUACUCUUAUUGUUGAAGGGACAAAAUUUCAUGUUGCUAAGAAUAUUUUAGCUCUUGUUUCUCCUGUUUUUGAGAGAAUGUUUGAAAGUGAUUUCAAAGAAAGUACGACCGAUGAAUUGGAAUUACCAGGAAAAAAUCCAGAUGACGUAAAGGCAUUUUUGCUUGCUAUUUAUCCAAAUACCCCUUCUACAAUAUCCAAAGAAAAUGCAUUUAAGAUAUUACCACUUGCUGACGAAUACCAUGUUCUUAAUUUGACACGACGCUGUGAAGAAGCAUUGCUUGGAAGCGUUGAUGAAAUGACAGAAGCUGAAGAACUGUAUCGGCUUAUCAAAGAAGCGCAUUUAUACAAUCUGAAGGAACUGCUGAAGAGAUGUGUCAGUUUUAUAUCUAACAAGUCCACAGAAGAUAUUGAAAAAGCAAACAGAGAUGUCGACUUACCUGUAGAACCUUUAAGAAGUAUUUUUCAGAUUAUUAUGUCAAGAGUUAAAGAGUUGGAAUCGUUGAAUUUGAAUCAGGCAGAACAACUACAGACUUUCAAAACAUGGAGAAACUACUUCUCAAAAGACGUGACAAAGUCAGCUUUUCCCAAGCUUGAUGAAGACUUGGCUUGGCUUGGACAAACAUGGAUGUUUUCGUUAGACGUGUUAAAAAAGAACACGGUUAAAGAUAUUGUCAUUAUCUGGAAUACAGAAUUAACGAUUAUAUUUGAGUACAUGUCGGUAUUUUCUUAUGGUUACGUGAUUCGCGCACGACUCGUGAAUCAAGACAAAAGGGAGAUUCAAUGCAAGUUUGCUAUUCAAUUUGCUAUUCUAAACAAAAUGCUUAACGACGAGCAUCUUUCAGUCAAGCAAACAUUCAAGUUUACCUCGGGCCAACAGUCGACAAGUUGUAACGUUGCAACUUUAUCAGACAUUGAGGAUCCAAGGAAAGGAUUUGUUUAUGAAGGGAAGGUACAAAUAGAAGUAAACGUAUUUAUGUCAGAGCCAAAGAAACUUGAAACAAACAACGAAGUAUUAAGAACUUAGUACAAUACAGAUGCAAAUACAGAUACAGAUUUUAAUUAAAGUCGGUAGUAAAUAAAAAGACAACAUUGGAAAAGAUAUAAAGCUAUCGACAGACAAAUAUUUUCAAAACAAACUGUUUUGUUAAAUCAAAUACAUAACAAGUAGACAGUAAAGUUUUCAUUCUUUUUUUUUUUUUUUUUUUUUUUUUUUUGGUUGUUUUAAUUGUAACUAGUAUUUCUAAUGUAUUUUGUAAGGAGUUCAAAAUGUAUUGAUAGAUAGAAUUUUGUUUCAGAACAACAGCUGAGAUGGAAAUACAUGCUUGUAUUAUGCUUUCGCAUAUUUUAAAUGAAAUUCAAAUAAUAAAAGUAUAGAAAAGGUAUUUCCAUUCUAAUAUCAAAUAGGGACGAUACACUUUCAGGACACAAUAGAUUUUUAAACAGUUUGUGAAUUGUUGCUUUGCAACAGUGUAUUUUGUGUAUUUUUGUUUUGAAUCUUAUUGCAGAUGAAAGACGGCCAUACUAGAUAAAUGUAUAUUAUAUAAAUUCAAACUUCAUAAAUUUACUCAUUAAGUUGUUCUUAUAAUAAAAAAUCACAUGCUCAAACAUAUCUUAUACAAUAUUAAAAGAAAGAAUAUUUUUAUUAUAUUACAAUCACCCCUCAAGUUUCUUUUUUCCAGUUUUAUUAAUAGUGUCGGAAUAAUUCUUGUAGCUUGUAGCUUGUA